AUGCAAGAGUUUUUCACUCGACUAGAAAAGGCGUGCAUCGAACUCCACCAACCAUUGCCUGAAAUUAAGGAAGAAGGUUUAAGCCUUUACGAAGCCCAGCAAGAAUUAUUGAAAUACGUGAAUAAAUAUGAAGCUGUCGUUAAUGCUAAGAAACUAGCUCUGGAAAAUCUUAACAAAAAACAAAUACAAUUAUGCAAAAUCUUAACAAAAAACAAAUACAAUUAUGCAAUUGAUUUGAAGUACCCCCCAUUGCCUACCCAAGCACAGUUUGAUAAAUUGGAAGCAGAAAAGUUUGAACGCGAGGAAAAAUUCGUAAAUUUGAAACACGAAAUCACAGAAAUCGUUGAUGAAAUCAAAUACAAACCCAAUAGCGACUUUGAAAGAGAGGUAUUGUCUUCAGAUGAUAUGAUGUUGAGUAACCAGAAUCUAAAAAUGCUGGAGUUUUUCGCCAAGUGUAUGAAAGAGCUCAAACUAUCCACCGAAGAAGAAGUGUCCCAUUUAAGAACAAGAAUUGAAGAUCUAUGGAAAAUGUUGGAUAUCGAGUUAAUAGAUAGAGAUGAAUUUAGAAGUCAUUAUUGUACUAGUAGAUAUAUUAUAGGUAGGAAAAGGCAACUCAUUGGAUACUUUGGAAGCGUUAAAAAUUGAAGUAAAAAGAUGCGAGGAAUUUAGAAAAGCCAAGAUAAAAAAUUUUGUGGACAAAUUGAGAGACCAACUCCAGACUAUUUGGACAACAUCUCAGAGUUUCAGGUAUCUUUAUAAUGAUUUUUAUACAGAGGAUUUGCUUGACCUGCAUGAAUUGGAAAUUCAGAAAUGGAAGAAAUAUUACGAAGAUAACGGCAAACUUUUGGAUAUAAUAAAGAAGCACCAGGAAUUGUGGGAUAA